UCUGGCUACAAGUAAACAAUACUCCAGCUCAGUUGGCGCAAAAAAGGAGAACAGACAAGAAAUUACAGAAAUAAAUAAAAUGUCUCACAAGCAAAAUUCAGACAUUUGCAUGACCCUUGAUGAGACUACAUGUUUCAUAAUGAUUGACACCCUUGAUGAAACUACAACUGCCGGCAAUUCACCCCUUGAGGAGACUACAACUUCCGUGAUUUCACCCCUCGAAGAGGUGACUACAGCUGCAGGUUGCAUGAUUCCCACCCUUGACGAGACUACAUGUUUCAUGAUUGCCACCCUUGAUGAAACUACAACAUCCGGCAAUUCACCCCUUGAUGAGACUACAACUUCCUUAAUUUCACCCCUGGACGAGACUACAAGUUCCAUAAUUGGCCAAUUUGAGGAAACCACAAAUUCCAUGAUAUCAACUCUUGAUAAGACUACCAGUCAGUUAUUUCGGGAUAACAUGAAAGGAAUGAGACAAAAAUUACACGGGCAUAUUAUAACAAGUACUGAAGAGAAACCUUAUAGAUGUGAUGUAUGUGGUGAAAGGUUCAGACAGAGUUCCUAUUAUAGACACGUAAAAACGCACAGUGAAGAAAAACCUUAUAAAUGUAAUGUAUGUGGUGAAAGGUUUAUCACGAAACGAAAGUUACAGACACACCUUAGAAUACAUACGGGUGAAAGACCUUUUAUAUGUGAUACAUGUGGUAAAGACUUUAGUGACCAAAGUGCCUUAAAUGGACAUAUAAAAUUUCAUACUGGAGAUAAACCUCACAAAUGUGAUGUAUGUGGUCAAAGGUUCAUUAGGAAUCAGCAUUUACAGACACACAAGAGAACACACACUGGUGAUAGACCUUAUAAAUGUGAUGUUUGUGGGAAAGUGUUUAAUCAGAGUUGUAACUUACAAAAACACAUAAGAACACAUACUGGAGAUAAACCUUAUACAUGUAAUGUUUGUGGUAAAGGGUUUAGUCGGAGUUUUAGCUUACAGCGACACAUAAGAAUACAUACUGGAGAUAAACUUUAUAAAUGUGAUGUUUGCGGUAAAGAGUUUAAUCAUAGUUUAAGCAUAUUGGGACACAUGAGAACACAUUCUGGAGAUAAGCCGUAUACAUGUGAUAUAUGUGGUAAGAUGUUUUAUCAUCAUCAAAGCUUACUGGGACAUAUGAGAACACACACUGGUGAUACACCUUAUAAAUGUGAUGUAUGUGGUAAAGGGUUUAGUCGGAGUUUUAGUUUACAGCGACACAUAAAUACACAUACUGGAGAAAAACCUUAUAAAUGUGAUUUUUGUGGUAAACUGUUUAGUCAGAGUUUAAGCAUACAGAGACAUAUGAGAACACAUACUAGAGAUUACCCGUAUAAAUGUGAUGUAUGUGGUAAAGGGUUUAGUCGGAUAUUUAGCUUACAGCGACACAUAAGAACACACACUGGUGAUAAGCCUUAUAAAUGUGAUGUAUGUGGUAAAGGGUUUAGUCGGAGUUUUAGCUUACAGCGACACAUAAGAACACACACUGGUGAUAAACCUUAUAAAUGUGAUGUAUGUGGUAAAGGGUUUAGUCGGAGCUUUAGCUUAAAGGGACACAUAAGAACACAUACUGGAGAUUAACCUUAUAAAUGUGAUUUUUGUGGUAAAGUGUUAAGUCAAUGUUUAAGCAUACAGAGACAUAUGAGAACACAUACUGGAGAUUACCCGUAUAAAUGUGAUAUAUGUGGUAUAGUGUUU